AUGAUUCUGCAUCUGUUGCUCCUCCAGCUGGUCCUGGCUCCAGCCCUUUUGGUGUCCGCUGAGGACUACUGGGAGGGAUGGGGUGCAUAUGGACCAUGCAGUCGGACCUGCGGCGGAGGUGUGAUGAUCAGAAGCAGACGCUGCAUCACCCACAGGAACGACGGAGGCCACAACUGUGUUGGACCUGACAAGUCUUACCUGGCCUGUAACACCGAGGAGUGUCCAACAGGAUCCAAGGAUUACCGCGAGGAGCAGUGCUCUCAGUUCGAUGGCACUGACUUCAAGGGAUCGCGCUACAACUGGGUGCCUUAUUACGGAGCUGAGAACCCCUGCGAGCUGAACUGCGUGCCACAGGGAGAGACCUUCUACUACCGCCACAGUGCUACCGUUAAGGAUGGGACACCUUGUCACCCCGGACGCCCUGACAUUUGUGUGGAGGGAGUCUGCAGGCGUAUGGGCUGCGACAACAGGCUGGACUCCAAUAUGCAGGAGGACCCCUGCCUGCAGUGUGGGGGCAAUGGACAGACCUGCUCCUUGGUCAGGAACACCUUCACCACGCAGCGUUUGGCCCAUGGUUACCACCAGAUGUUCACCAUCCCUGCUGGAGCCACCUCUAUCAGCAUCAGAGAGAAGCAUCCCUCACGUAAUUACCUGGCCGUCAAGAACCUUCAAGGACAUUACUACCUGAACGGCCACUGGUCCCUUGAGUUCUCCCGAGCCACUCACAUUGCUGGAACCAAACUGUACUACCAACGAGGUGUAGAGGGCGACAACAUUCCUGAGUCCAUCAUUGGCCGUGGACCCACCACCGAGCCCCUUGUCGUGGAGCUGAUCAGCCAGGAACCCAACCAGGGCGUGGACUACGAGUACUACCUUCCAGUGUCACAUCCCACAGAGGGAUACACCUGGAGUUUCGGAUCUUGGUCCGCCUGCAGCAAAGAGUGUGGAUUGGGCUACCAGUCCAGAGCCGUCUACUGCUCCAUCGACAAUGAAGCUGUGCCCGACUACCUUUGCGCGUACUACGCUCGGCCCGAGGGCAACAGAACCUGCAACCAUCAAGCCUGCCCUGUUACCUAUGCCUGGAGAACCGGUGAGUGGAACGAAUGCUCCGCUGCAUGCGGCGGUGGCUACCAGUAUCGUGGCGUGGACUGUAUCUACAAUGACCAAAAUGGAGGCCAACUGGUCCAGGAUGCCUACUGUGCCCAGUACACCCAGAAACCCACAGACCAGCAGUACUGCAACAUGCAGCGCUGUGAUGAAUACACUGGAAGUGCGCUCAUUUCAUACAUCCCCUCUGAGAACGCUGUCCAGUGCCGCCGCACCACCUACGGGUGCUGCUACGACCGCACCACUCUUGCAGCUGGACCCAAUGGAGAGGGCUGCCGUGACCCACCCUCACCUUACGAACGCUCCAUCUGCUCGUUGCCGAAGGCUGCCGGAUCUUGCUCUGGAUGGACGGCUCGCUACUUCUUCAAUGUUCUAACCUCCCAAUGUACCGAGUUCUGGUACGGUGGCUGCAGUGGCAACAGCAACAACUUCGACACACAAGAGGAGUGUGAGAGGGUCUGCCACCACCAGCCCAAUGGCAGAGCAAAUGGAAACGGCUACAAUGGAAACGGAAAUGGCUACAAUGGAAAUGGACAGCGCUCAAAUGGAAACGGUAAUGGCCGUGCCAACGGAAAUGGCAAUGGUAAUGGUCGCGCCAACGGAAAUGGAAAUGGUAAUGGCCGUGCCAACGGAAAUGGCAAUGGUAAUGGUCGCGCCAACGGAAAUGGCAACGGUAAUGGCUACUCAAAUGGAAAUGGAAACAGUAACGGCCGUUCCAAUGGAAACGGUAAUGGAAAUAGUAAUGGCCGCUCAAACGGUAACGGUUACUCUAAUGGAAACGGUAAUGGUAAUGGCCACCCCAACGGAAAUGGUAACGGCUCAAAUGGUAAUGGCCACACUAAUGGAAAUGGUAACGGCCGCUCCAAUGGAAAUGGUAACGGUUACUCAAACGGAAAUGGAAAUGGCCGCACCAACGGAAAUGGUUACACAAACGGAAAUGGAAACGGUAACGGCCACCCCAAUGGAAAUGGAAACGGUAUGGGCCGCACCAACGGAAAUGGAAAUGGCAACGGUUACUCAAAUGGAAACGGUAACGGAAACGGUUACUCAAACGGAAAUGGCAACGGUAAUGGCCACCCCAAUGGAAAUGGAAACAGUAACGGCCGCACCAAUGGAAAUGGCCGCUCCAACGGAAAUGGAAACGGUAACGGCCACCCCAAUGGAAAUGGAAACGGUAUGGGCCGCACCAACGGAAAUGGAAAUGGCAACGGUUACUCAAACGGUAACGGAAAUGGUUACUCAAACGGAAAUGGCAACGGUAAUGGCCACCCCAAUGGAAAUGGAAACGGUAACGGCCGCACCAAUGGAAAUGGCCGCUCCAACGGAAAUGGAAACGGCAGCGGUUACUCAAACGGAAAUGGAAAUGGCCACUCCAACGGAAAUGGAAACGGUAAUGGUUACUCAAAUGGAAACGGUAAUGGACGCUCCAAUGGUAACGGCAGAUCCGACGGAAACGGUCACUCCAACGGAAACGGAAAUGGUGAGGACUAUAAUGCAAAUGGCAACGGAAACGGCCACUCAAACAGCUAUGCACAGCGCUCUAAUGGAAACGGAAAUGGACACUCCAACGGAAACGGCAAUGGUGAAGACUACAAUGGAAACGGCCACUCCAACGGCAACGGCGGUCACGUAGCUUCCAGCGUGGCCCAAAAGGCCCACAAGGCCCGAGUCUACAUGAAGGCCCGCAAGCCUUACUUUGUCACCGUGAAAAAGCACCUCAUUGCCGCAGCCAGUUUGACUAUGCCAGGCAAGGUGAAGAUCGAGCAAUCUGACCCGUCCUCUGUAGAGGCCCUGGUGGGCCAGGUGGUAGUUCUCCCCUGCAGAGUCAGCCCUCCGCCAUCGGCGUCAUCAGGUGGGACGGUGGUGGUGGAGUGGAGGAAGGACGGAGCUGCGCUGACGUCAAGAAGAUAUCAAAAACAGCCCAACGGUUCGCUGCUUCUCGGUCCUGUCAGCAAGUUGGAUGCCGGCUGGUUCUUGUGCGUGGCCACCAGGGAGCAGGAGAGAGAUCACCGUUACGUUUAUCUGACCGUUUCAGAUGGACCUUCCCAGCUGCAGCCCACCUACACGCCAUCCACCGACAGACCCCUACUAGGAUUCAGCCUGGACCACUCAGCUCCUUCUUUGCUGGAGAAGCGAGCGGGACAAGCAGCCCAACUCCCGUGCACCGUUGUACCUGUGACUGCACUACGAUACGUCACCAUACGGUGGACGCGGGAUGGUCAGGCGAUCAGUGAUUCCAGGUUUGUUCAGGAGUCAGAUGGAACGCUGUCCAUAGAGACGCUCCGGAUAGAGGAUGCGGGAUUGUACACUUGCUCCGCCUCCACACUGCAUCAGCUCAAACAGAGAAUUGUACAGCUCCGAGUCCAAGCCGCUCUGCGGAUUACUAAAGCUCCUGACAAUGUUGAGGUCCCUGAAGGCAGCUCAGCCGUCCUGUCCUGCGUGGCGUCAGGGGACAACGUUAGCAUCGGCUGGUCCAGGAACGGUGUCCCGGUACGUCCGGACGGGCGGAAGGUCCAAGUGUCAUCCGACGGGAGCCUCAUCCUCAAUGACGUACGGCCUUCCGAUGAGGGCACCUACACUUGCAACGCCUACGCUGGCGUCUACUCAUCCAGCGCCUCGGCAGAUGUGCGCGUCGCCAACGUCCCGCCAUCCUCGCCAUCAUCUGGGACGCCUUGCUCGGACCAACCCGAGCUGGCCAACUGCGAGCUUGUGGUCUACGCCCGCCUAUGCGCCAACCCGUACUACGCUGCCUUCUGCUGUGCCAGCUGCGCCCGUCAAGCGCAAAGUGGCGACAGGUUAGCUCGGUGA